GUUGCUGUUCCUGCAGAUGUCAUUGGUGGCCUGCUGGACUUCAAACUUCGCUACUCUUGAGAGCUGCUCGUGGAUAUAUUCCUGGUUGGAAUGAACUUGUGGGAGGGAAUGCAUCGGUGUUCAAACAACCCUCAACCAGUGCCACAGGUUUGUUGGACGUCGUGGGACUCUUGUCAAACUCUAUUGCGACAACGCCACGAAUUUUGUUGGUGCAGCUCGCAUGCUCAAGGAGCGCAUGGAUGCAGUCAAUGCCAAGGACGAAGCCCUCAAGGCGUAUGCUGCGACUCACAGUUUUUCGGUGGAAUUCAUUCCCCCGCGAGCCCCGCACAUUGGAGGGCUGUGGGAGUCGGCGGUGAAGUCAGCCAAGAAUCUGCUGCUUAGGGCUAUGGGCAGCGCAGUGCUCAAGGAGGACGAGCUGCAUACGGUUCUCGUGGACGUCGAGGCCGUGCUCAAUUCCAGACCACUGAUGGUCGACAGCGGCAGCCCCAACGAAGGGGAGGUGUUGACUCCAGCGCAUCUACUAGUCGGCAGAACGCUAGUUUCGCUGCCGCCCGAAUCAGAGCUGCCCAGACCAGACAGCAGCCUCUCAUAUUUGCAACGAUGGCAGCUCGUGUCUGCCAUCAAGCAAAGAUUUUGGAGAGAUUGGACCAGAGACUAUCUUCUCAGCCUUCAAUAGCGAGGGAAGUGGUCCGAGGAGGUCGCCAACUUGGAGCCAGGCAGAGUGGUGGCAAUUCACGAGGACAACGUGCCCCCUCAAAUGUGGCUCACCGGAAUAGUGGAGGAGGCAAUCCCAGGAGCGGACGGGAAGGUUCGCGUGGCCGUGGUUAGGACUAAGGCCGGGGUCUACAAGCGAUCGAUCCAUCGCUUGGCGCCUAUUCCAGUGGCCUAUAGGCUGUCAACGCGGCCGAUGUUAAGGCAAAUCAGUUGCCUGCCUAUAUAUAUAUAUAUCUGUAAUUAUACCUAAGAGACAUGUAUGAAAUCACGCUCUUGAAUUGUAAUGUCGUGCGCUCUUAUACCAUGUUGCUAACGGAGCCUAUGCAAGCAGCAGUCGCUCAUGAAGAGGGCGCCGCUUUAGAAUAAACGCACUUAUAAUUGAAAGUCGAUUGAGUGCACAAGUUUGAUCUGUUGGUCUGUCUGAUUCCAGUGUCUAAUUAAACCCUCAGAAAUCGUGCCUAACGGCAGGCUAUUUAGCACAUUCAAUAGGAUUAAUUUACUUUAUAAAGGUUGACAAUUUGAAUAUUUGAAUUAAUAUGUAAAUACUGCUAAAAAUGUGAAUUAAUUUGAAGUUGGCACGUUACAUUAUGUACAUAUAAAGAAGCGCAAUCGAUAGUAUCGAGCCAAAACGAUCUGAAUUAUGAUCACUAGAUUUGAGAGAUAUACGAAAUAAAACGAACGAGCAAGGAACUACAUCGAGCGGAUUAAGGAAGGUCUUAAUUGGGUAGACGGAUUCCACUGGAAAACUGUUGGAGGGACUUAGCUCGUACAUGGCGCUCUACAAAUUUGUAAUGAAUGAUGUUUUUUUUCUAAUGUCUCAUUUUACCGUUAAAUUCCGUUAAAAUUUAAUUAAAAUCUGCUACAAAACGGUCGUAUUUCUAGUAACGGAAUUUAACGGUAGAAUGAGACAUUGGAAGGUUUGGUCAAACGGCUGCACCUUGGACGUUUUUAUUAACGAUACCUUAAACGACGCCUAAUUAAUGUACCUGUUAAUGAACAAAAAAAGCACAAGAUA